AGGAUCUUGCCAUGAAAGGCAAUCGUAGGUCCUACUGUGUGUGAGGAAGAGAAGAUGCUCGUGUGAACAGCAUCUUGAAACUGAUGUCAAGCAACAAGAAGAGACGGGUCGAAAAUAAAUUCAUAGCUUUUUUUUUCCAGAAAUAGGCAACAUAAACGCGGGUUCGGCAAAGAAAACGGAAAAUGUGUCGGCUCUAUUUCUAAUGUCGUUCGAUUACUUUUCUACACCCCCACCCGACGAAUGCUCUGGUUUAGCUGGCUUCCGCCCUUUGGCCCUCCUCUGCUGCGCUUCAUUCCAUGCCUCCGUCUCUCGCGUCUCAUGUCGAAGCCAAAGGGAUUUUUCGGAAAACUCAUCAAGCCCUUUGUUAGCAGACAUAAUCGAGAGUUGCGGAAAGAGGAGGAAGAUCUCGAGGCAAUUGCUGCCAAGGAGACCAAAGUCUUCAGCUACGAAGCCCUAGUGACCGCCACCCGCAAUUUCAGCUCCAAGCACAAGCUUGGCGAGGGGGGUUUUGGCCCCGUCUACAAGGGGCAGUUGGAGGAUGGGAGGCUGGUAGCGGUGAAAAGUCUGGGACGCUGGUCGCUGCAGGGUGGGAAUGAGUUCAUAAACGAGGCUGUGUUGCUUUCGCGGGUUCAGCACAAAAACGUAGUCACCCUCUACGGAUACUGCACCCACGCUGAAGACAAGCUUCUCGUGUACGAGUACGUUCACAAUGAAAGCCUCGACAAGAUCCUUUUCUCUCGGGAGGACAAAGAGGCAGCAAUGAUGUUAGACUGGAAAAAGCGUUAUGAUGUGAUGAUUGGGGUAGCUCGAGGAAUGCAGUACCUGCAUGAGGAUGCACACACGCCUAUCAUCCAUAGAGACAUCAAAGCUAGCAACAUCCUUCUUGAUGAGAGGUGGUGCCCAAAAAUUGCAGACUUUGGUAUGGCUAGGCUCUUCCCAGAGAACCUCAGCCAUGUUAGCACUCGAGUCGCUGGCACUAACGGUUACAUGGCUCCGGAGUAUGCCAUGCAUGGCUACCUAUCCACCAAAGCUGACAUUUUUAGCUUUGGUGUCCUCAUCAUUGAACUCAUUACUGGCCAAAAGAACUCGGCAUUUGCUGCUCGGUCUGAUGCUUCCACGCUCCUUGAAUGGGCAUGGAGGCUUCACAAAAAGAAACAGACCAUGGAGAUGCUUGAUCCUGCUCUGAGAUCCACUGCUGAUGCUGAACAGGUGAUUCUAUGUGCGCAUGUUGGUCUCCUCUGCACACAGGCCGACCCCAAAGUAAGGCCAGAAAUGCGUCGGGUUGUAGUAAUCCUUUCAAAGAAGCCAAGUGCCCUUGAGGAGCCAAUCAGACCUGGAGUUCCUGGCUCCAGAUACCGAAUAAGAGCUCUUGGUUCGACCGGCAAAACUUCGACCUCAAGCUCGGGUGCUUCCACCUCUGCAUCUAACAUUGCCUCCUCUUCCAAUGGUAAUAAUAAUGCGGCAACUGCCUCUUUGCCUGCUACCUCUAACAUCUCCACUACUACUACUAACGUUUCGAGCGCAACCGCAAUACACAGAUCUAAGCCCCUCCCUUACAAGCACUAUCAUACAACUUGAUUGUAGAAAUAUUGGUUUCUGAUUGCUUCCUCAGCUUUGUACACCUUUGUCCUUUUUGGAACCGUUUUCAUUGAAUAUUUUGUAUAUAUUUUUUUUCUUUGCUUUUGAUGUAGUCAAUACUAGGCAUUGAGAAACUUCGCAUGUACAAUAACUGAUAAAGUGGAUCCAAAUCUAUUUGUUGUAAAGCUUAAUUAGAUUUGUGAACA